AGUAGUUUCUGCAGACGACACUAAACAGCUGAGUAGUAAUGACAACAGACAUGGCUGGUGAGGUUGACCCGUCAUGCAAUCCCGUCGAUUUAAUGGGUCAGGAUGCUUGUAAUCCGAGUGGAAUGUAUGGUGUCGAGCGGGAGACUGACGGUGAUGAAGCUACAGGUAGUAUUCAGAACUCUGAGCCUACUACUCGCAACACAAAUGAGUCCGAUUUCUCAACUUUUGACAUUGUUAAAGCGACGCAGUAUGGUGCAAUUGAGAGAUGUAAGGAAUUAAUUGAAGGUGGCUACGACAUCAACAAGAGGGAUAAUGAAAAUGUUACACUUCUACAUUGGGCAGCUAUCAAUAACAGAAGAGAAAUUGUCAGAUACUAUGUAUCCAAAGGAGCAGUAGUAGAUGCAGUCGGUGGCGAGCUAAUGUCUACGCCCCUGCAUUGGGCUACCAGACAAGGUCAUCUAGGCAUGGUUGUUUUGUUAAUGAAGCAUGGGGCUGACUCUUCCCUCCGUGAUGGUGAGGGAUGUUCCUGCAUACAUCUGGCAGCACAGUUUGGUCACACAGCUAUUGUUGCUUAUCUUGUUGCCAGAGGAGCUAAUGUAAACCUCAUGGAUAAAAAUGGAAUGACACCUCUAAUGUGGAGUGCCUACAGGGUCACUAGCCUAGACCCUACAAGGUUACUCUUAACAUUUGGUGCGAGUACGUCCAUGGCAGAUCGUCUUCAUGGCAACACUGCGCUACAUUGGGCAGUUAUAGCAAAAAAUCACAUGGCUGUCAGUGUUUUAGUCAACCAUGGAGCCAAUGUUGAUAUUGCUAAUGCUCAGGGAGAGUCUGCUUAUAGCUUGAUAAUGAAGAGGAAGACCCAAUGGCUUGACAAAAAAGUUUUGGAAAAGAUUCAGGAGAUGCAGAAGUCAGCAAGAAAUAUUUGUUAUCGUAUAUCUAAUGACAAGAGUCUUCGAUACUGGACCAUGAUGGGAACUCCUUUUCUCGUUUUCUACGUGAUUGGCCUCGUCUUGAAACUAAAUCUUUAUUAUGUGUUGAAGUUGGGUAUUUUCACUGCAUUGUAUAUUGUAGUUUAUGGAAUCUCAAGAGUUUUAUAUGACGAGCGACUCAUGACAGUUAUGCCAAUGGCAGUUUAUUUAGCAACUAAGUUUUGGUGUUAUGUUACCUGGAUUUUGUACAUUCAUGAGUACUCUGGACUUCAAACAACAGCACUGUUCUUUCUUUCUUCACUUCUUUUAUGGUACAACUUUAUGAGAGCAUGGAGAGGUGAUCCAGGAGUCAUAACAGCUGAUCAGGCUCAAAAGUAUCAGACCAUCAUUGAGUUGGCAGAAAGAGAUGGCUUUGAUCCUCAAUGGUUUUGUUCAACGUGUUUGGUUCGGCGUCCAAUACGGUCCAAACAUUGUUCUGUAUGUAACCGAUGUAUUGCCAAGUUUGACCACCAUUGCCCUUGGGUUGGAAACUGUAUAGGUGCCAACAACUUGAAGUAUUUUAUUGGUUAUCUCAUAAUGCUGUGUGCAAUGAGCUGCUUUGUUGUGCAAGGCUGCUUCUCCUUUUGGAAUGGUGCUUGUAAUAUUGACUUCUCGAAACAGGGAAUCUGGUCCAGUCUAGGUUCAGUAGGCACAUGUGAGCCAUGGGUAGCAUGGGUUGGUGCCAAUGCCACAUUGCACGCUCUCUGGGUAGCUACACUUCUUGGUUGCCAGCUCUAUCAGGUAUUAAUUCUUGGCAUGACCACCAAUGAAAGAAUGAACUGUUACAGAUACAAACACUUCCAGGUUGGAAAGAAAGGAGAAGUUCGUUCACCUUUCCAUCAUGGUGUAUGGCAGAACCUUCAAGAUCUACUCAAUUGGCAGUGUUUUGGUAUCUUUAAGCCAGACAGAACAGACUGGCUACAUAUAUACACUCUCUCCGAGUCUGCAGAAGAUAAACAACCUCUUCUCUCACAGUCAGAUAUGUAUCAGUAUGUUUAAGCUUCACGGUAAUUUUUUUAUUUUAUUGUUAAGAUCUCAUGUGUUACUGCCAUUCUGCUAGUUAUAUCCAUCCAUUCUGUCAUUACCACUAAAAUGAAUAAAUAGAAAAUGGUAUAAUUUACUUGCCGCUACGAGUGUGGUCAAUGAAUGGAUCUUCUCUUUCUUACCUGCCUACUAAGGACUUGCAUUUCAUGAAUUAGAUAGAUCAAAGGAUUAUACUAGAAGUUCUAUAAAAAUUCACCUCAAUAUGUGAUCUUUUUAUGAACUAGUUUAUACUGCUAUUACUUAAAACUAUACUGUACCAUGAAACUGUUGGUGUACAUCUCUUCUGUACACGAUAAAAUAAUUCCAUAGUUAAAUGUAAUGAAUGUUGCAUUCCUUUUAGGAUAUAGAUUCUGGCUCUCAAAAACUUGCAGUGUUUUUCUUUUAUACUGUUGAAUAUAGACAAAACUGUACAGCAAGUUGAGAGGAGUUUCAACUGAUACAAAGUGAAAAUUACCAAAGACAUGAGUCAGAUAUUGAAUAAUUGUAUCUACCCUAGUUGACUAGUCACAAAUAACUUACUUAUAACAAUGAGGCCUUUGCCAGUUUUGUAAGUUUGAAUUGGGUUUGUGAAAUGUUGUGAGUACACCAAAGAUACUCUCCAGUAUGAUGUACUGUAUGCAGUUGUGCAGCUGCUGUUAUCAGCUUUUUUGCUCAAUUUGCAUUUUUGUGAUUAUGUAUGUUAAUUUUGUAUAAGGCUUAGUACUAUUACACAUUGACUGAUGUAUUCUGUAUAAAUUAUUGUGGCACAAACCUAGGACUAUAAGAUUUUGAUAUACAGGUGGACUUCAUUUAGCAUUGGGGUUAGGUUCUUUAAAAAGACUGCUAAUUGAAUCAGCACUAAAAGGGGUCAUUAUACCACUACUGUAUAUUUAACAUUACAAAGAAAGAGUACACAGCUCAAUAAUAUCCUACCAAGAUUCAGCCAAUUGCCCCAGUAUGUGGAAUACCGUAUAUACUUGGGUAUAAACCAAUCUCAUAUGUAGUUCAACCCCUGAUUUUUUUGUAAAAAAAAAUCCUGUUUUAUAUAUGUUGUAUAAUUCGACUAUAGCUUUUAAAAAAUACUGGGUAUAAUCCUAGACAUAAUUUGUAGCAAGACACCAGAUUCACAUCAACGCAUCUUGGCCGUGACUACCACCACAACAGCUAACGUUAUGAACAGUCUUACCAACUCUGAAACUGAAUUCCCGUCAGUUACCAACUCUUAUGAGGAAUAAGAUCAACUAAUAUACUGUACUUUAUACCAGUAAAUGUGAUAAAUAAAUCAAAAUAAUACAAAUAAAUAAAAUAGAACAAAAUAAUACUCUAUUCCCAUUUGGCUGCUGGAUGACAAAAUUUGUCAAUUCUUUUGCUACACACGGGAGACAGCCGAGACCCCCCCCCCCCCUUCACCCCCGUUUAACGUGAACUCGUAACACACGAAGAAAAUUUAUUCCCUUUUAUGUUUUUGAUCUUAUGAUAAUUAUUAUUUUAUAAAUUUUGGGGGGCACAUUCUAUAUUUAAGAUUGUGUGUACACUAAAAAAAAAAAAAAAUUGUAUAUCUACCCCAAGUUGAAAAAUAAUUAUAACAUAGCUCACAAUUUGGCCUGGAAUAGUAGGGAGAUGGCUAGGGGGAUGUGGCUAUAAUGACAAGUCGUGUGUUACUAUGUAUUACAAAUACAAAACUACUGUAAUGUAAAAUACCGAAAACAAGCAAAAAAAAAAGGCAAGGAAUAUUAUCACAGAUGUGACGGCCUACACGGUAAGUCAAUUGGCUGAAGCAAACUCUCAACUCCCAGUACCUAUUUCCCAGCAUUCAUAAAUCAUGCCGCCUAAAUUUAUUAUGUUGUUUAACAAUUGUGCUACUUCAAACAACAUUUGUAUACACUCUAUACUUGAAAAAUGCAGCUAAAACCAUUAAGGAAAUGCUAAAUGAAAGUUUAGCACAACUGUCAUUUGCAUAGGCACUGGCUACGUGGCCGCUUCAACAGUCGGUAUAACAAUGCAGCCUACCGGGGAUGCCACCACCUCCCUAGCAAUGCCCCCAUCUCAGCCUUCUAACUUGUGCUCAAAAAAAUGUUUAAUCCCUUUAUGAGUUGGCCCUUAUAAUUAUUUCUCUUACUUUUUUCACACUAUGUACGUAGGAUUGUGUGUGCACGUAUCCGAGUUUAAAAAAAUGAUGAAAGUUACAUACUGUAUAUCUACCUGAAAUUAUGAUUUGACAAAUAACCUUAACACCUCCCGUGUCCCGGGUAGCAAUUGUUCACCGUAAAUGACCCGCAGAAAUUCAUUAAUUUUAACCCCUCAAAUGCUAUGCGUUUAUAGCUCGACCCCCUACUUUUUGCCAAAAAUUUUAUCAACAAAACUUGAACUAUAUUCAAGUAUAUACGGUAGAUAAAUAACUGGAAAAUGUUAAUUUACAUAUGGUGAUGUGCCAUGAUGGUCAUGUUUUCUUACUUUCUGGCCAGUUUUGAUAAGAUAAACAUUUGAUGAAUGUUUAUGGCCCAAACACAAUGAAUUGUAUAACAAUAUCAUGCCCGCCUGUUUUGUAUAGCAUUCAUAGCCUGAGAAAUUUAGCAAAAUUUCAUGAAAGUUAAUGUAUGAAUAGGGCAUAGAAUUCUGAAACCUAUGCUCCUCAAAGUUAGAAGCCAGUGAUGUCUAUAUCAGUAUUUAGACAACUUUCUCAGCUUUGUUCUUUUCUCUGAUGUUCUUGUGAUUGUUUUCAAAUUAGAAAUUCUGUACUCUUUUAGUUACCAUCCAUCUUUAGUAAACCUCAUCAUGAAAAUAUGACAUAACAGAAGAUGGAUUAACAACACUGUUGAGAGCACUAACAAACCUUUUUGUGUUAACUUUUGAAUGGUAAGUUGAUUUUAGAAUAUCAUCAAAUUCAACACAUGGGAUCUGUAAUAGCUUAUCAGAAAUCAACUGGUCUAUCAAAUAUAGGCAUAAGAAAGCUGAUUUGUGCUGUCAACUCUGCCACUAAUCCUUUCUUCAACAGAAGCUUGAAGGUAACUACAAAAUUAUAUAUACAGUAUCUCAAAACCAUUGACACAGAUUUUAGAUAAAACAAAGCUGAACAAGUUAUCAAGUGGCCAGUUACAUGUAAAAUUGCAGGUACAGUAACUUGAUAUUAAAUACUUUAAAAAAUGUCAGUAAUGUGUUAUGACAUAGACCUCAGAUCUUACACAGUUUCAGACUCACUGAAGCGCUAGUUUUCAGGAAUUUAAGUUCCAUUCAAUGAGCUUUCUUUAUUCUUAGGCUGUCCUCCUUGCAUAAAUUUUUAAAAUUGUAAUUGUACAUUAGGGUUCACAGUUGAGUAUGAUCCUUAUAAAAGCAAUCAUAUAAUUAAGAAAAUUAUGAUAAAUACACUGUAGUAUUUUGUUUACUUCUUAAUAUUAUGGAUGAUGUAUUUGUACAAUAGCAUGUCCCUGGUGGUGCCUCUUACAUACAUGUAGGAUCCAUCAGUAAAUGUUGAGCAGAUAAUGAACUUUUAUGUCAUGUACUCUUUGUAAAUAAUUACUUUUUGUGAUAAAGGUAUGAUUAUUCAUAGUUAUUUAAUAGACAGAACAUUUGAUUUUAUAGCACAAUUAAUAUACCUCACCUAUAAGGUAAUAAUUUGUUUUAGGACCAAAUUUUGAUGAUUGGUGGAUUUUUAUAAUGGAAAAAAGUAAGCUUUUGCACAUUCCAUAUAUCUAUAAAUUGAUAUCAAGGCUUCAUGUAUUCACCUUAACUAUUAUGACAUAAUUUUUUAUAUUUCUUAAUAAGUUUUAGUAAAAAAUAAUAUAAUCAUCUAUACAUUUUCCUUAACUUUUUAAUAAUACUCAUUCACAGAUAAUUUUUUUACAUAUUCAAAUUAUGUUCAUAAAAUGUAUGUAGUGCUGUGAUACACCUAAUAGUAUUCAGGCACAGUCUUUAUUAUUAUUAUUAUUUCUUAAUAAUUAAGAAAUGUGAAAACAAAGUGUAAAUAUUCUUUGAAAAUUUGAUUAAGUUCUUACCACUAAACAAGGAAAAUAUUUGCUAUGUGAAAACCACAACUUGGCAUCUCUAAAUUUUAUGUACCUGAACAGGAGUAGCUAUGAGUGGUAUCUUUUAAUGGCAUUUAGGUCCUUCCUGAGUCACAUGUGAGAUAUAUCAUCGCUAAACACCUCCUAGCAGAACAAGGGUGUGAUGUGUUUUGUGGCAGGAUGCAUUACCCAGGCUGAUAAUGUUUACUCUGCAAGCAGAUCCUCACCCAAUCAUAUCAGGGUUUCUGAGACAACCACCUGUUCGGUGGUUGUCUCAGAGACCAGCAAGAGUCUAGAUCAAUGUUUCAAAACUCAGGUACAGUAUUCCAGACCUAUUUAGCCAUAAAAAGAAGUCCACAUCUUACCUGUCAGUGUACUGCUACUCUGAACCAACACCAAUUUCUCCUGUGAACAAAGAGUGAGUGUUAUAAUUGCAGUUUACUGUAUAUUUUCACAUUAUUUCUCAAUUUUCAGUUCAGGCCACGCAGUCUGUAGAGCACUUUAGGCAUUUAAAUAACUCAGGUAAAUGGUAUUUUCCUCAAGCAAUGAAUCUGUCAGUUAGCAACCAUAUUGUUCUGCAAGUGAAAUCUUAAAUGCUACACUUCACAAGUAAGCAUAGUUCUUACAUUGAUUAUACAAACCAAGCCAUGUCAAGUGUAUGCAAAUCUUACAUUCCCAUCAAAUAUAUUUUUGGUAGAAACCUUGCUCACUGGGAGAGGAGCUCCUUACAGCACCAACACUGGCAGUUUGGGUAAUGUAUCUUGCCACUAAUCAUGUUAUGCCCCCUGGAAAAAAAGCAGGUUCUGACACAGGGUUUUCGUGGUAGUAGAUCUUCUACGUCACUCACUCCCUCAGCCAUAAAAUGGGAUUUCAUACUCCAGUCCUUCAAUUCUUGUUUGUACCAUUGUGACCUGCCAUUUCCAUUUGCUCUGUGUACAAAAUUGUUAAAUUGAAAAAACUAUAAGAUGCCUCAUGUAAUUGUAAUGUACUGCAAUUAGACAACUGGUUUGAACCUAACUCGGUACAGUACUGUAUCACUAUGUAAUUACGCUCUACUUUGGAUAAUUGAUCUGUGCCUUAGUGGGGCAUUUUUUCCCAACUGAAGUUAUUGACAUUCACACAGGAUAUUUUCCAUGCAUUUAAAUGUAGGGUAGAAACUGUCACAUUACAUUUAUAAAUUCUGUAUUAUAAUCAAUGCCAAUUUCCACCCUAUAAUUUGCUGUGGGUUGCAAAUCUUUAGAUAAAAAAGUGGGAUUAGAAUACUGUACAAGUAAAAAAAAAGUGGUGCUGUAGUUGUGUCAAUAAGUAGAGUUGGAAAGCACCUAUAGAGUCUGAUACAUCAUUUUUUUUUUAAAUAA